UGUUUCCAUUCAUAUCUGAUACCGGAAACAAUGAUGUCGUUGCUAGUGUGAGAUUCAAAAGGGAUGAUGAGAAGAAAGAUGAACGAGUUGACAAAAUUAUUUCCUUGAUCAAUGCAAAAUUUGAUUGGAGCAAAUUCGUUUGGCAAGUUGAGGAAGAUAUGCGGACUCAAGAUCAGCUACAUGAGAAGGUUGAUGUUGCUGUGGAAGCUAGUCAAGAUCAGAUAGAUGGGAAAGAUGAGGUUGCCGUGGAAGGUGAACUAGAAGUAUCUGAAAAAGAAGAACAGGUUGAACCUGUAGCUAAAAGAAGGGUCACGAGGAACGCAAAGGAUCCCGGUUGUGAGUCUAGGAAGAGACAACUACUUUGCCAACGCGCGGCAGAACAGAACACUGGUCUCGAUGAUCAAACGAAGAUUUUUAUUACGGGAUUGUUCAACACCUCCUUCAACUCAAUGAAGGAAGAGGUUAAGAAGCAUGUGGAUCAUCGCUAUGACAAGCUUGACAGUGAGAUUGCAUAGCUCAAGCAAACAGUGGCAGCAGCUAUAGUUUCAAGAAACGAUGUCCCUGCAUCCGAGAGGCCCCAACCUUUGGCAAUGCCUAGCCCUCGUUCUAAAAGAAAGGUAAACAAGAAAUGAAGUUCCGUUUGUAAUGUUGCGUAACAUGUUGUAAUAUUUUAGCUAAGUGAAUACCUUUCUCAAACACAAGUCUGUAAUAUUUUGUGCCGCUUUGAUUGUAUGAUAUUCACGGUCGUGUAUUAAUUUUGUUUUGGGUUGUUUUAUUAACAGGAUGAAAAAUUAGACGAUGUAGAAAUGUCUGAGAUUCAUGGGAAUUUGCAUAAUGUAUCUGUCUCCCAAUCGUCUAACAUUGAUCUAGAGAUGGAUACACAAGAUUAUUUAUGGAAGACAAUGGGAAAUCUUAUACAAGAUUCAUAUGUGAAAGGAUUCGAUCCAUCCCAAAAAGCAAAGGAUGAUGACCCAAUGGAAUGGUUAACCCUACUGACUUCAUUGAAUCCCAAGGAAACCCCACUGACUUCAUUCAAGCCCAAGGAAACCUCACUGCCAUUUUUACGGGACAGAGAUUUGCCUGACGAUCGUGUAAAAGAUAAGGAUUACUCCUUGGUUUUCGUCCCCGAAGAAUCUUGGGUCAAACUCGUUGAGUGGUCCUUAACUUCCAUGGAACUUCAGAUUGGACCUUCAAUGUUUACAAAAGAGAUGUCAGCACGUAUAGUUGGACCUACAGAGUGGUUAGAGAACUAUAAAAUUGAUGUCAUGUUAUUCUUAUCCCGGGAGAGGACAACAUUGGGAAGAUGGAAGGCAAACAAGGUCGCUUUCAUGAGCUGCGUUUUCAGUAACCAAAUGAAGUGUUCAUACGCCACUUUUGAAAAGGACAAGACUAAGUUUAAAGUAGAAGGGUUGCUACACGACUACGGGACAGGUCAACUUCCUCCUCAUGGAAGAACGGGACUUGUGUGGGAUGUGGACGUCAGCCGUAUGUAUGUUCCUGUUUUUGUCCACGGUAACCACUGGAUCUCUAUGUGCGUUAAUUUCGUUACUCGAAUGAUUGAAGUCUUUGAUUGUGCCGGAUUGAAACACCAUAAAGAUGUGGAGCUUUUUGCGAAUCUUAUCCCUCGGAUUGUAAAAGCUGUCCAGUCAGCUGAGAAAAAGAAGCAUCUCAACGUCGUUAAAUAUAAAGUCGUGUACGUGCCAGUGCCAUUCAUAAACAAGAGUAGUAGUGACUGUGGAGUUUAUGCACUGAAAUUCAUCGAGUGUCACGCUCUAGGCUUGGAUUUCACACUGGUGAACGACGACAACAUUCAUGAAGCCAGACAUAAUAUUGCAUAUGAUCUUUGGGAAGCUGCAAACAAUCCCGAGCUGAUGUUGCGAAUGUCAAAGUACACACCUCCGAAGACAAUAACUUCUGAUGUUGUGGAGCUUGUUUAG